CAUAAAUCCGACAAGUCAUCAAAUAUCAUCAAAUAAUUUGCGGCUGCGUCCUCGACUUGACAGAACUCUUUGCGCAUCUGUUGUCAAUAUGGCGGCUUCUAACGAUCUACUUGAGCGUCUCCAAGCUCAUCUUGGCCAGCUGGAAGCGGACCCCAUCAACACCGAUAUCGAUGAACGUCUGUUCGAAUCAUGCUCUCUAGCUCUUGCACCCGGGAUAUCGAAGAAGGAUUCUAUCACACUCAUCUCACAACUCUCUCGUAUACUGCCGGUUUUACAAAAGGACCCAACGCAACCAAUUCAAUUCUUGGUACUUCUACUCGAGCCGUUGAGCUUCUCGGAUGUACUCGGCCUGAAUGCUGCUGUGGACUUUGUCGGCGGACUCAACGUGGCUGCUGUUCCGUAUAAUCGCCUUAUGCUGGCAUUGCUGAACAAAGCUGCCACGAACGCCACGGAUGCCGCAACCAUUGCUGCUCAACCUGAAGUGGUCACGGCUUUGGUGAAUCUCUGGCUUUGUACCCAUGAAGCUGGAAUUGCAAAGCAGGCUGGAGAUGUUCUGCUGGCUCUACUGAAGGUCGACCAUGCAGUCCCUCCAGGAGCUGGUGAUGAACAGUCGCUUCCUGGACACAGUCAAGGAUUGAUGUGGAAGCGUGUAUUCGGAGAUCAAGAUGUCUACGCUUUGAUCUUCUCAGUCUGCACUUUGAAAAGUGUUGAAGGCAUCGACUUAUCGAAGAGCCAGAAGACGCUCGCACAAGCUCGACUGCUGGAAUGGUUGCCCGAGAUUGGUGCUCUGAACUGGAAUGCCAUCACACACGCACAUCAUCCAGAAGUCGAGAAGCGGUUUACCGACGGCAAAGGAGAGGGUCUACUAUAUUUUGCCUCAUCGAACAUGGUUGACACUGCCGAUGAUGUAUUGAUGCAUCGCUGUCUGCUCGAGUUCUAUGCCACCUUACUCAAGACGAUCACCCCUACUGAAUCAGCAGGAUCGCCGCAUUCAUCCGCAGCUCUUGACUUCCUCAUCCAACAUAAACUCCACGACAAGGCGAUGAGCUACUACCUCGACCCAGCCAAUCCUCGUCAUGAUCCUCUGGACUUGCAGUUCCUGUACGCACCCUCAGCAAAUUACGUCGCCGCCUACGUGUCUUCAUACCCCUCUCAUUUCCUAGCCAGCCCAUUGAAGUCAACAGUCAUCAAGCGUCUGCAACAGUCUUUGGACAUCUCACCCAGUCGCUGGGCCCAUGCCGAAUCACCGAAACAAGAUCUACACAUCUUGGCGUCCAUGCCUCGCAGUGCUCUCCUUCCCACGAAUAACAGGUGGUCGUCAUCUCCGCUUUCUCUCCUUCCGUCAAAGUCCACAAAUGCAGACGCACUGGCAACUUUGGCCACGAUCUUCCAUGGUCCCUCGAAGCAAGAGAUUAUCAACUACCCGCCCAGCUCACCUCUCAUGGACACAACACACGAUGCCAUCUGGAAAGGCGAAGCCCAAGCCGCAUACGCACUCUACUACCUCUACCUCAACCACAAUCCCACUCUCUUCGCCGACCUCGCCCACCACGCCAGCGUCAUUGCACUGAGAGAAGUCGCUCUUGCAGCCAUCAGCCUGAUUCGUAGUAUAGUGACCGCGAACUGGUUGCCUCUCGGUCCGACAUCAACACCUACAGAUCAAGAGUUCCACGGAGCUUUGCCACCCACAUCUCUUGCCGAGCAAGGCAAAGGCUUCCUCGCUAUCCUCUCACCCCCAUCGCUUGAAUACACACUGCCAUACCUCCUCUCGCCAGCCCAAACAUUCUCGAAUUUGGUCGGCGGUGUAGGUGAUACAGAAAACUCGGCUUACAGAGUCGCGAUGAGUAAGUUUGAAUGCUUGAAGGAGGUUUACAACAGACUCAAGGUCUUUGUCGACGAGGGUGGCGAAGAAGGAAAGGAGUGGGGGGAUGUUGUUACUACAUUGAGAAAAAAGGUUGAUGAGGGACCUUUCGGAGGUCAGGGUGGAGAGGUUGGUGGUAGAAUUGCCACUAUGGAGUUGUAGAGGGAACAAAACCCGCAAAAGCUAGCAGAGUAUUCAACUGUCUGCCAUCCG